AUGAUCAUCCCGAUCCUCAUCGCGCUGCUGGGGCUCGGCCUCUACCUACGCCAUGUCAAUUCUGUCAUGAAGGCAGUCCCACCAGAGGCAGAAGCAGCAUCUCCGCAUCGUUGGACCGUGGACGAAGUCAAAGCCGGCUAUGAAAAGGCCCUUAAAACUCCCAUCGAUGUCAACAAGAGCCUUCCGCCGAAACAGGCCCGACGAUAUGUGGUUGUGGGUGGAUCAGGUCUUGUCGGUGGCUGGAUUGUCUCACACCUUCUCGCGCGGGGUGAAGACCCCUCUGCGGUCCGUGUGCUAGAUCUCUUGUCACCCACGCAGGAUAUCCUCGACAAAGGUGUCGAGUUUGUCAAGACCAAUAUCACGGAUGAGCUAAACGUCACCACUGCUUUUCAGCAGCCAUGGGCAGAGGGCGUGGCCCAGCUCCCCCUGACGGUCUAUCACACAGCAGCCACGAUUCGACCGCAAGAGCGGCUGGAGAUGUUCCUGCCACUAUGUGGCAAGGUAAACAUCGAUGGUACUCGCAACGUUCUCAAUGCUGCGAGACAAGCCAAAGCGUCAUGCUUCGUCUCAACAUCCUCCGGCUCCGUCACUCUUCACAAAUUGGGAUUCUGGGUAACCCCAUGGACGAAACUGCCCAAGCGCGCAUUCCAGGUUCUCAGCGAUGAGGCGAAGUUACCGGAGCGUCAUGAUGAGUUCUUUGGAAAUUACGCCGUGACCAAGGUGGAAGCGGAGCGAAUGGUUCGUGCAGCCAAUGAUCCUUCGUCGAAUUUCCGUACUGGAUGUAUCCGGCCUGCAAAUGGGAUAUAUGGAAUCGGAAGCGAUGCAAGUAUGACCAUCACCGGCGUAUACCUGCGCAAACAGGGAAGUCCAACCUGGGUCCGCCCCGUCAUCCAAAGCUUCGUCAAUGCAGAGAACGUCUCCAUUGCCCACCUCCUCUAUGAACAACGACUUCUCGAGCAAAGUCAGCCUGGCUCUAUGCUCCCGAAUACGGGCGGACAGUCCUUCGUCGUGACAGAUCCAAACCCAGCCAUUUCCUUCAGCGAUAUCUAUACGCUACUGGAGACUCUGUCGAAGACUCCCGUCUCGUUCCCGACGAUUCCUCCCAUGCCGCUCUUCCUACUCGCGUACCUGAUCGAGUUGUACACUGUCAUUCAGUUCAAGUAUUUACCUUGGCUCUUGCCAAAAAUUCAAGGUGACUUGAACCAAAUACAACCAUCGCUGUUCUCCAUCUCCGACGUCUUCUGCGUUGCGGAUGAUACCCGGGCGAAACAGGCGCCUGAGUUGGGUGGACUGGGCUACAAUCCGCCCUUAACUACCUUGGAGGGAAUGUGCAAGGAACUUGUGGAUUGGAAUUCUAAGGCCGGUAAAGUAAAGACCGUUGAGAAAAUCGGCCCUGUGGCUGUUACGGAGAAUGGAGUUGAUGUUAAUCUUGUUUCGCCCGAGGUGAAAAUCUGA